CCAUAAUAUUAUCAGCUGCUAUGGUUUCAACACUUACUUUGGGAUAAAAAAUAAUAUCAGUGAUUUUAUCAUGCAAAAUGUAAAUAUUUUGAUCAGCCGGCUAUCUAUAUUGUUAAUGUGACAACUGACAAUUUGACAGAUGACCGAAUGAAAGUAUUUUUCGAAAAAUUAUCCAAAUAUAUUGGCUCAAAUAUAAAAUUACUAAUUGAUCGUACAGAUGGAAAAUAUUGUUUUCGUGAAAAGAAAGACCGAGUUUAUUAUGUAUCCGAAAAAGUAUUAAAUAUGGGAUCCAUGAUGAAUCCCGAUAACAUAAUUAGUAUAGGCACGUGUUUUGGAAAAUUUACCAAGUCUGGAAAAUUUAGAAUACACAUCACAUCUUUAGAUUAUCUUGCUCCAUAUGCUCAACAUAAAAUGUGGAUAAAACCUGCCGCCGAACAACAAUUUCUGUAUGGUCACAAUGUUUUAAAGUCUGGUCUUGGGCGAAUUACAGAAAGUACUACUCAAUAUCAAGGAGUUAUAGUAUUUUCAAUGAGUGAUGUUCCUUUGGGUUUUGGUGUUGCAGCAAAAAAUACUACAGAAUGUAAGCACACAGAUCCACUAUCUGUAGUUUGUUUUAAUCAAGCCGAUAUCGGUGAAUUUAUUCGAUGUGAAGAUGAUUUAAUAUAAUACAUUUGUUUGUUUUAUUAAUAUUAUUUAAAAUAUUUUUAAAAAACAGCUCAUCGGUCUUCUAAAUGAAAUAAAAAUUGUAUUUGAACCUAUAAUAA